AUGGUCAAAGAAGAUGUGUACACCAAGGAGGAUUGCGAGUCCUAUGCCGAAGCCUUCGCGUGCGCUACCAAGCAAGCCAUCUCAUCGGGAGAAGAUGCAGUGUUGAAGGAAGACGAUGGUUCGUUAUCCUACGUAAAACCACUCGAACGGCUCGAGCCCUUCGACAAAGUCAUCCGCUACAUCGCAGAGCAAGAAUCGAAUCAGUCAGAGAGGCCCACACCCAUCAAGUAUGCCCAGACACGUACGUUAUCUGCCUCCUUUGAGAACAAACACGAUGUUGAAAGUCGCCAGNAAAACGAUAACCUCCGCAACGAGUACUCCUCUCUCUUCGAAGAUGUCCCUUCCGACAUACCUUUUGCACGCAUCGCACUACGCAAAACCCCUGAAGCGGUGAACUUCUGGCUCGGCAACAGCCUGUCCACCACGUCCCUUCACAAAGACAACUACGAAAACCUUUAUGUCCAGGUGCGGGGUCAAAAGCAUUUUGUCAUCAUGCCCNCCACAGCUGCUGCUGCUGUCAACGAGCAGAGCAUACCCGGUACAACAUAUGUCUCGACCAACGUGGAUGAGACGGCGGAAUUACAAGUGCAGGAUCUGAAGCAUGUGCUUGAUGAGCCUGAGUUGAUCGUUCCGGUGCCCACUUGGGAUCCAGAUUUCCCUGACACUAGGCCGACGCCGUACUCGAAGCUUGUCAAGCCAUUGCGAGUCACGCUCAAUGAGGGCGACAUGAUGUAUCUGCCUGCUAUGUGGUAUCACAAGGUUGGCCAGAGUUGUGGUGAUGAAGGCUAUUGCUGUGCUGUCAACUACUGGUAA